GCCACAUUACCGCUUAGUGUGCAUGUCAACAGUUUUCCUUUCCCUGCCUGACGCUUGCGAGUGGCACAGCUGCUAUCUAUAGUUCAACUCUAUUUUCAGACCAUGCAAACGGGACGCAGUGGAAGUCUCACAAGCCUUUAUUUACCGACCAGAUCUGUGGAAAGAAUGGCUAAACUACACUUGAGUCACACGCUGAAUUGUCACUUGAGACCCAGUUUUAGGAAGAGAACAAACCAGGGUUAAAAAGAUCAUGGAAGUGCCUCAAGGCCUGGGAGUCAAACGGGAUAUUCAUGCAAAGAAUGCGACUUUUGAUCUGGAGGACAGAGAGCACCAGGCAGGCUGGGUGAGAGUGAGGGUGGAGGAGAGCUGGUUCACUGUGGAGCGGGCCUUGCUAGCGAGGUACAGCAACUACUUCUGUGCUCUCUUUCAGUCUGGGAUGACAGAAAGUCAUAAGGACGAGCUCUACCUGAAGGGAGGAGUGCGUGCAAGGGGUUUCCUCAUUGCCCUUGCUGUCUGUAGAGGAGAGGCACCCCCUAUAGGUGACCCGGAUGAGCUUGUAGAAGCUGUAGAGUGUGCCGCUUUUCUGCAGGUUGCAUGUUUGGUGCAGCAUCUUUGUGACAUUAUUGACUCAGACAACUGCCUAUUGAUUUACCAUACAGCCUCCAUCUUUGGGGUGCAUGCACUCUUUCACAAUGCUGCUCUUUUUCUGUGUGAUGCUUUUGAAGAUUUGAAGGAUGUAGCAGAGAGUAUGAUUCCUGAAGACCUUCUUCAAUAUUCUCAAUCAUUGUGUCCUGCUAGUUACAUUGCUAUAGGCACACACUCUCCUUCAAUGGAACUGCUUCACGACACGUUUAGGGUCGUUUGCUACCUUGAUGAAAAAAAGGGAGAUUGGAAGCAUCUGACAAACCUCCCAACUCUCUGUAGCACCUCCAUGGCUGGAGUGGCAGUGCUUGACAAUCGAUUGUACAUUGUGGGGGGAGUCUACGGUUACGGCAAGGACACAGUGGACAGCAGCUUCUGCUACAACCCUGAGUCAGGGGUUUGGACUGCUCUUCCAGGUCCCCAGCAACUAAGAUAUGACUUCACCCUGCUGGGGCUCGAGGGCCGACUCUACGCUAUUGGUGGUGAAUUCCAAAAACGGACAAUUUCCACAGCAGAGAGUUACGACGUUGAGAAAGGAGAGUGGAAAUUUAUACAACAUGCACCAAGACCUUUAGCGUCCGCAGCUUGUGCUGUUGCAAGAGGGAGGAUGUUUGUUUGCUUCUGGAAACCACCUGACACCACAGAUAUCUAUGAAUACAUACCAGUGAAAGACGAGUGGAAACUUGCAACUACCAUGAUAAAACCUCAAAGCUAUGGCCACUGUAUGGUAGCCCACAGAGACAAUUUAUAUGUGAUGCGCAACGGGCCUUCUGAUGACUUUCUGCGCUGUCUAAUGGAUUGCUACAACAUCACGACAGGCCAGUGGACAGCCAUGCCCGGAAACUACAUUAACAGUAAGGGGGCGCUGUUCUCUGCAAUGAUAAGGGGGGACUCUGUGUUCACAGUGAAGCACAUGCUAACUCUUGAGUACACCAUCACUGGAGAUGGAUGGAAGCCCCGCAGGCAGAUGAAGGGGUUUCCAAAGAGUGGAUCACUGUGGACGUGUUUACUCAGGCUUCCCAAGAAGGGACCAGUUAUACCACAGCUGGAUGCAAAAGGAGAGGAAGAAGAAAUGUCUUUGCCAGACACAUCUGAGGGAUUUGUGGAAGCUCUACUGCAACUGUGAAAUAACUGCACAACCAAAAAACAAUGUUUUGUUUUUUAAGGUUUCUAAGCUACAAUACGAGUCUGAGAAUUAAAAAGCACUGAUUGACUAGUGACACAAAUGUUCUUGCAUGUCAAUGCAUUCACUUUCAAAUGCACUCACACACACACACACACACACACACACACACACACACACACACGUGCUGACACUACACAU